UUAUUUCCAAACGAUUAUUUCAAAAAUGUACAAAACCUUCGCCGUUGGUCUACAGACUAUGCUUUCAAUCAAUUAAGAAAACCAAACCUUAAGGGAGAUUGGAGAAAACACGCCAGAGCUGCAGUCGUAAACGCAUACUAUAAUGCAUUGGAGAAUAGUAUAGAAUUCCCAGCUGGUAUUUUACAAGGAUCAUUUUUCAGCAGAGAUAAGCCUAAUUACCUUAAUUUUGGUGGCAUUGGGUUUGUGAUCGGACACGAGAUUACACACGGAUUUGAUGAUAGGGGCCGUCAGUUUGACAAAGAUGGAAACAACAAGAAUUGGUGGGACUCUCAGACUGACAGCAACUUUAAAGACAGGGCU